UACAUCUCUGUUGCUUUGUGAGUAAUCAGACAUGCAAAUAGCCCCUCAAGAAUCAAGCUAAAUUUAAAGACUUACUUUGAAACAUUGAAGAGUGUGUCAUGGAGUGCAAUAUUGAGGCAAAAGAAAAAUAUCAACAUAGCUUGAAUUUACUGAAUAAAAUUAAGAACAUGAAAGAAUUAGCAGAAAUGAUUGACGUAGUACUCAUAGCAGAAGGGGAGAAAUUUCCCUGCCACAGACUGGUCCUGGCUGCAUUUAGUCCUUAUUUCAAAGCUAUGUUCACCUGUGGACUACUUGAAUGUACUCAACGGGAAGUCAUACUUUAUGACAUCACAGCAGAAAGUGUGUCAGUAAUAUUAAAUUACAUGUACAAUGCGGCUUUGGAGAUCAGUAAUGCCAAUGUACAAACUGUAGCUAUGGCUGCCUAUUUUAUGCAGAUGGAAGAAGUCUUCAGUGUGUGUCAGAAAUAUAUGAUGGACCAUAUGGAUGCCUCGAACUGUGUAGGUAUCUAUUAUUUUGCAAAGCAGAUUGGAGCUGAAGAUUUAUCUGAUAAGUCGAAGAAAUAUUUAUAUCAGCACUUUGCUGAGGUGAGCUUACAUGACGAAAUACUAGAAAUUGAAGUACACCAAUUUCUGACACUAAUUAAAUCAGAUGACCUUAACAUAUCCAGAGAGGAGAGCAUUCUGGACUUAGUUCUGAAAUGGGUAAAUCAUAAUCAACAACUGCGCACAGAACAUCUUGUUGAGCUUUUGAAGCAAGUCAGAUUGGAACUUAUAAAUCCUUCUUUUUUAAGACAAGCCCUAAAAAGGAACACAAUGCUUCUAUGUGAUGCAGGUUGCAUUGACAUAAUUCAAAAUGCAUUCAAAGCCAUCAAGACACCCCAAAAGCACUCUCUAAAUCUUCGUUAUGGCAUGGAGACUACUAGUCUUUUGCUUUGCAUUGGCAACAAUUCUUCAGGAAUCAGGUCAAGACACAGGAACUAUGGGGAUGCCAGUUUUUGUUAUGAUCCUGCAUUACAGAAGACCUAUUUCAUCUCAUCUCCCAAGUAUGGGGAGGGUUUAGGAAAUGUGUAUACUGGUGUUGUCAUGGAAAACAACACUAUAAUUGUGGCUGGAGAAGCAAGUGCCUCUAAGCUCUCUAGACAAAAGAACAAGAAUGUUGAAAUCUAUAGGUAUCAUGUUAGAGGAAACCAGUUUUGGGAAAAGUUAUGCACAACUGAAUUUCGAGAGCUCUAUGCUCUGGGCAGUGUCCGUAAUGACCUCUAUGUUAUAGGAGGACAGAUGAAAAUUAAAAACCAGUACCUUAUUACAAACUGUGUUGAUAAGUACUCUGUUGAACGGGACAACUGGAAAAGGGUGUCUCCCCUUCCACUACAAUUGGCGUGUCAUGCUGUAGUAACAGUGAAUAAUAAACUUUAUGUGAUUGGAGGAUGGACCCCUCAGAUGGAUCUUCCUGAUGAAGAACCUGAUCGAUUAAGCAACAAACUGUUGCAGUAUGACCCCAACCAGGAUCAGUGGACAGAGCGAGCACCCAUGAAGUACUCUAAGUACCGAUUCAGUACAGCUGUAGUCAACAGUGAGCUAUAUGUUUUGGGUGGAAUUGGCUGUGUAGGUCGAGACAAGGGCCAGGUUCGAAAGUGCCUUGAUGUGGUGGAAAUCUAUAACCCUGAUGGGGACUUUUGGAGAGAGGGCCCACCUAUGCCAAGUCCCCUGCUCUCACUUCGAACGAAUUCUACCAAUGCAGGAGCAGUGGAUGGGAAGCUGUAUGUCUGCGGGGGAUUCCAUGGAGCAGAUCGCCAUGAAGUUAUCUCCAAAGAAAUAUUGGAGCUGGACCCAUGGGAAAACCAGUGGAAUGUUGUAGCCAUAAAUGUCCUCAUGCAUGACAGCUAUGAUGUCUGCCUGGUGGCCAGGAUGAAUCCCCGAGACCUCAUCCCCCCGCCUUCAGAUUUGGUGGAAGAAGGCAAUGAGCACUGAGGUCAGCGUUGCUGUAGGGCCUCCGGUUGUGUCUGAAAAGGAGGCUUUAGGAAUGGAGUGAGCCCAUAGGCAUCUGUCAGUCCCCCGGGACAUGUGUGUUGCAUGCAUCGUGAUCUAGUGCAAAGCAGCGUGUGGUGGGCACUGCAAGGGGGAGUGUGCAGAGUCCACCCUCAGGGACCUCCAGUUGGCUAGAGUGGGCAAGAUACUGCAAGGCCAAGCAUGGUGACAGCACAAGAGAAGCACGGGGUGAGUGCCGCAGGAGUGCAAGGGAUGGAGGACCUCACACUGCUGGGGACUCAAGGACAGCAUUGCCAAAGAGCAGGGCCUUUGGGUACAGUCCCAUGGGUGGAGUUGAUGGUGAGGUCACAGAAAGAGCUGAGCAAAGGCCCGGAAGACUGAGUUUGGACCUAGUCUCUGAGCAGGGGAUUCAUCUCAAAACAGUGUUGUUAAAAGAAGACUUCUCUUUGGGCACUGUUCUGGCUUCAGUCUUAUAAAGACUGUCUAUUCUCAUGCAGUAUACCCUUCUACUACAGUGACAUUGCCCAAAACAGGGCUAGCCGUGGACUGCAAGUUCACUGCAACCCAGGCACUCAAGCCUCACCACAGCGAACAGUGGAAUUCUGCCCUGGGUCACAUCUGUGUCAGCGACAGCGACGCGGGCUUCCACAGGGGGUUGGUACAGAGUGUCCUGGACUGGUCUUACUCGAGCUGCCCUUGGCCAGCUCUCAAAUACACACGACCUUCUGCAGGUUGACCCUGGCUGAACAAAACUGGCCUAGACCACCCAAUCCAGCAAUAGACCAGGCUCUGGAGUGGAGGAGAGAGAAAGCACAUCCCUUUGAUUGUCAGUGCCCUAUCUGACCCAGACUUUGCAAUAUCUUUCCCAAGUUUGGAGAGUAAGGAUAGAGCUGCCUGCUUCAGCCCACAACUGAGCAUAAUCAGAAAACAGCCAUUCCCAAAAUAUAUUUUAGUGACAACAUUUAAACACGUAGAAAAUCAUCUGUUAUUUUACUUACCAUCUAUACUUCUGGAAGCACAGUGGAUUCAAAGAAUCCAUUUUAGGAGUUGUUCUUCAACAACUUCUCAAGAGUUUCAUGUUGAAUGAGUCUCUUUUUUAAGCGGGAGUGGUCAGUAAAAUUCCCUAGAAUUUUCUCAGAGGGAGACAAUCCUAGACUGUAACAGCUCUUCUUUGUCACAGAGCUGUGUGACUGUGCUGACCCUUAGCCCUUGUCCCCAGGUUCCAGCUGUUAAUCUAGGCAGGAGAGGCAGGUCCAUGG